ACAUUUCUUAUAAAUAACAAGGUGACAGUCUUUCACGUCCUAACAUUUAUAGAUUACCACUGAGUGCCAGAGAAGCUAGUCCCGGACCCUCCCGAAGACGUAACUAACCGGUUCCCAGCCAUGUAUUCCUGCGCCAAGUUUGUCACUUCUCCUGCUUUGCUCCGUGGGGGGUCCAGAGUCCUUGCCCGGCCAGUGUCCGUCUCCAUUUUUAACAGACCUGAAGCAACAGUGGAACAGCAGCUGGCCUUGUUGCCAAAAAAUCACUCAGCAGUCCUGACGCACUCGUUCCACACCAGUGCGCUCUCUCGCGACAUUGACACUGCUGCGAAGUUCAUUGGUGCUGGUGCUGCCACAGUGGGAGUUGCUGGUUCCGGAGCUGGUAUUGGAACAGUUUUUGGUAGCCUCAUCAUUGGCUAUGCCAGGAACCCCUCCUUAAAGCAGCAACUCUUCUCCUACGCCAUCCUGGGCUUUGCUCUAUCUGAGGCUAUGGGGCUCUUCUGUCUGAUGGUGGCAUUCCUUAUUCUGUUUGCCAUGUAAAUCUGGAGACACUCAUACCUUGGUUCCUUUUACACCUUUACCCAAUCCUCUCCUUCCAAGUUACCUUCCCUCUAGCCGACGGAGGGAGUGGGGAUGUUCCAGAACAGGAACUCUAAAACCGCUGAUGGGCCAUUCCAAUCGACAGAAGAAAAUUAAAUUGAGGCUGAAAACCUUAAUAUACAUUUUUGUUUCAUACAUAUGUUUUACUGGAAAACUAUUUGUUGGAAAAAUAUUUCAAAUAAAUGGUUGGUAAAAACA